AUGGCAAAGAAGGCCAAGUCGCGCAUCAUCAAUGUGCGCCUCAUCUCCAUGGCCAUGACGGGCUACUUCUACACCUUCACUCGCCCGCGGACAGCAUUACCCAUGAGCAUGAUCAAAUACGACCCGAUCGUUCGGAGGAGAGUCCUCUUCCUCGAGCAGAAACGAAAAGGCAAAUGA